AGUCUUAUUCUCACCGAAACAUGGAGCGGGUCGUGUGGGAAAUUUUCGUACUUUUGCUGUUCUCCCUGGCCUCAGAAUGUGGGGGAAUUUCGGAUAAGGCGGCUGAAGAACCUAGAAAAAGACAUUUGUUCGUACAAAGAAGCCAACCGCUGCCUGGCUCUUCGAAAAAGUUGUUGAAGAUUGAAUACGAAGAACCACCUCGGUUCAGUGCUGAACAAGAGGAACCUGAAUUCUUGCGACGAGUUCGUCGAUCGGUGGAUCCCGACAUGAAUCCCGAAGCUCACGUGUUUAGGUUUAAUGACAGUCAUUACCAUGCCUAUGUGCAUUGGGCUGGAGAUCACAGGGAUACCAUUGUAGUGUUGAUGCGGGAUCCUAUCCCUACAGCGCAGAGCAACAGUCAUGUGUGGAUAUCUAGGAACUAUGGUCAAAGCUUUGUGAAUCGUACUGGCUCGUUUAGGAUUUCAAAUGGAUUUGCACGCAUUGACAUGUUUUAUCCUUCUCCUUUGGAUAACACAAGAUAUCUCUUUGUUGACAGACAGCACCAGAUGAUAUACAGCACAUUAGAUGAUUGUCAGACUGUUAUAAACAGCAGUGUUCCGUUUGUUGCAGAUGAAAUCACCUUCCACUCAACCAUUAAAGAUGUUGUUGUAGCUUAUGAUGCAUCAGCAAAAAAGCUCUACUAUUCUGCUGAUUUUGGGUUCUCUUGGAACUUGAAAGAUGAGAAUGUUGUAACAUACUUUUGGGGCAUUCUUCCAUGGGACAAUCCCAACACCUUAUAUAUUGAGCGGGAAGAGUACGCAGGUGGCUAUUCCAAUGUAGUUAAAACUGACUAUUUUUCCCACUUCUCGGCACUGUUGAUAACACAUGUUGAGGACUUUGAAGUUAUUGAUAACUACAUGUUUGCCACACAAGUUAACACAUCCUCAGGGCGUCGUGUCCUUACUCUGAUGGUAUCUGUAAAUCGAAGUGAUUUCCAUCCAGCUGAAAUUCCCUCAGAUGCUCCAUCUCAGCCAAAUUGUUCUUUGCACUUGUCACAAAAGUUCGGCCAGUACUACCCCUACACCCGCUACUCUCCUAUGAAGUCAUGGACUGCAGCCCCAGGCAUCAUAAUGGCGACAGGUACCUAUGGCAAAAACUUGAGACUGAACAGUGACAUCUUCCUGUCAACAGAUGCAGGCUUGAACUGGCACAUGAUUCUGAAACGUCCCUUUUGGUGGUACAACCUUGGCGAUCAUGGUGGAAUUUUCAUCGCGGUUCAGAGAAGUAGACUGACAAACUUGAUUUAUUAUAGCUGGAAUGAGGGAGAGACCUGGUUGACUUACAGGUUCUUAAACAGCACCAGGAUGAGAGUGUAUGGUCUCCUGACAGAGCCCGGUGAACAGAGUGCUGAGUUUACAAUCUACGGGUCAUAUCCUGGGUAUCACAGAUGGGUUGUUGUUCAAAUCAAUUUGAGAAAGGCACUCGGUUCUCCAUGCUUGAAGGAUAAAGACUACAAACCAUGGAUACCAUCAGACGAACGGAACGGAACAUGUUUGUUAGGAAGGAAGACUAUUUACGAGAGGCGUAUCUCUCAUGCUCACUGUUAUAACGGCUACGAUUAUGACCGUCCGAUCUCAUCUCAGAAUUGUCUAUGUGAUAAAGAGGACUUCGAAUGUGAUGUGGGAUAUAUCCCUGACGCCUAUAAUCCCGAUAAGUGCGUAUUUGACAGAACCAGUGGAUUGUCUCCUACAAGUAUGCCAGCUUAUUGUCCUCCUGGAAGCACCUACCGCCGCACGAAAGGUUAUCGGAAGGUUGCUGGAGAUACCUGUUCAGGAGGAAUGGAGGAUCAUUUUUCUGCUGUCAUGGUCUCUUGCAGAAUAGGACCUCAGCCGCAGUUCUUACUUUACGCUGGACGAAGGUUCAUCCGGAGAAUCUCACUCGGCGACAAUAGAGAAACAACUAUUCCACUUGGAAGUGGGUUGCAAAAUGUCAUCGCGUUGGACUAUGAUUACGCACAGAACUGCAUCUAUUGGGCCGACAUCACCCUGGACACCAUUAAGCGUUCUUUUCUCAAUGGCUCUGGAAUAAUUGAAACUCUGCAUGGUGGAAUUCAGCAGGUGGAAGGACUUGCAUUAGAUUGGCUAGCAGACAACAUCUAUUGGAUAGAUGCUGUUGGAAAGAAGCUUGAAGUUUCCAGAGCAGAUGGGCGUUUCCGUAAAGUCAUUAUCAGCAACCUCGACCGUCCAAGGGCUAUAGUCUUGGAUCCUGUGGCUGGGUACAUGUACUGGACAGACUGGGGAACCCAUGCGAAAAUAGAAAGGUCUUAUAUGACGGGGGCGGGUCGCGCUGCAAUUGUAUCAUCUGGCCUUCAGUGGCCAAACGGAAUAGCUAUUGAUUUUGUUGCGCGAAAGUUAUACUGGACUGAUGCGGGUAAGGAUAGAAUUGAGAGGAGCAACUUGGAUGGAAGUUACAGACAGGUAAUAGCCAGCAGGGGACUUCCCCAUCCGUACUCGAUAUCUGUGUUCAAAGAUUCAAUCUACUGGGAUGACUGGUCAACGCAGUCGAUUAAAAAGGCGAACAAACGAGACGGUGGUGCUCGGCAGACUAUCAAGUCGGGUGUGCGUGGCCUUAUGGACGUGAAAGUUUUCCACGAAGAUGCCCAGAUAGGUAACAACUCUUGCUCUCAGCUCAAACUCUGUAGUCACCUGUGCUUAGCAGUACCAAACAGCUAUGCUUGUGCAUGUCCCGAUAACAUGAGAACUGUGACAUCUGUGUCUGGAAUUGUGACGUGUGAAUGCCAAACCGGUGAAUACAUGGACAGUAACGGAGAGUGUACCACAAGAACUGGCACUUGUGAUCCAAAUGAAUUCAAGUGUACCAACAGCAGAUGCAUCCCAUCCCACUGGAAGUGUGACCAUGACAAUGAUUGUGGAGACAAUUCUGAUGAGCAAAAUUGCCCUUACGACACCUGCAGCUCGACACAGUUCACAUGUGACAAUGGCCGUUGUAUCUCGGCGUCCUGGAAGUGUGACCACGAUGAUGAUUGUCAUGAUAUGUCUGAUGAGAGAAACUGCGCGUAUCCUUCCUGUGGACCAGAUAAAUUUACAUGUGACAACAAACGCUGCAUUCCAAACCGUUGGCGUUGUGAUUUUGACGACGACUGCCGUGAUGGCUCUGAUGAACGGGGAUGUACGCCAGCACCAGUCACAACAGUAGGACCCGCAUCCUGCCAUUCAUCCCAGUUCGCUUGCAACAAUGGCCGAUGUAUUCCGAGCAGCUGGAAAUGUGAUGGCGAUCAAGACUGUGGAGACGGAUCCGACGAGCCAAGCAGCUGCAGCAGUAUGUCAACUAGAUUUCAAGCAUUGUUCCCUUCAUUUGCCGUACAAUUUAUUCCUUCACUUCUUCACCAUAUCUAUAUCCGUUACAGAAGUCUUCCUAUUUCUAUUCAUUCCACAGAACGCAGAUGCACCUCAACGCAGUUCAAUUGUACAAAUGGACGUUGCAUCCCUCGUUCAUGGAAAUGUGAUGGGGAAAAUGACUGCGGGGAUGGUUCUGAUGAACAAGGCUGUACCUAUACAACUCGUCCACCCGUUUCUACAAUACCCUGGACCCCAUCUACGAACUGCAGCAGUUGGGAAUACCAGUGCAACAAUAGACAUUGUAUUUUCCAGUGGGAUGUCUGUGAUGGUGCCAAUGAUUGUGGAGAUAAUUCAGAUGAGUGGUACUGUGGUACAACUCGAAGGCCUUCUGUAAAUACGACAACAUCACCACAUAGACCCUGCCAUUUCUGGGAAUUCACUUGUGAUAGUGGCCAUUGUAUUAACAAUGGAUACAAGUGCAAUGGGCGAGAUGACUGUGGGGAUAACAGUGAUGAAAGAGGAUGCUCUGCUCACGUAUCAACAGUGGCGCCCUCCACUGCCCCGGCACCCUGUCCAAAUGGCUGGCUUCAUUGCGGACAAACACAGUUUGUAAUCUGCAUUAAAACGGAGUGGUUGUGUGAUGGACAACCUAAUUGUCCACAGAGUUGGGAUGAAAGGCCAGAGAAUUGCCCAAAAACUACCAGAGUACCCAUCACGUGCUCAAGUGACCAGUAUCAAUGUACUAAUGGCGGUUGUCUUCCCCGCUCUUUUGUGUGCGAUGGAAGGGAUCAGUGUGGUGAUGGUUCAGAUGAGGCCGGCUGUGGAACUUGCUCAGGCUUCUGGUGCGACAAAACCCAGUGUUUACCUGUUUCACGGAGGUGUGAUCACAUCCCGGAUUGCCUCGAUGGUAGUGAUGAGAGGAACUGCAGUACCAAUUUGCAAGUUAAAGGCGUUCAAGUAAGUACUCUCUCUGCAACAAGUGUCCAUAUAACGUGGCGCCCAAUUUCUUACCAGCCCCCUGGAAUGACUUUUACUGGGUACAGGGUCUCUUACCGAGCUGUCAGACUACACUCUGUGCCCGUGUUAGGGAGCUGGCAGCAAGAGGAAUCCCCAAACGUCAACUAUUAUGUCAUCAGAUUUCUACAGCCGUGCUCAGAAUAUGAAUUCAAGGUUCAGCUCCUUGUGAGCGGAGCUCAACCAGGGCCAUACUCUUCGACCGUGAAAACGACAACUAAAUCUAUUAGAACCAGUAAACCACAGCAUGUGCGACUUUUGUUGGCACCUGACGAUUCGUUGCAAGUUUCUUGGGAUCCUCCAACCACUUACUGUCAACUUAUUACGAACUAUGAGGUUGCAUACAAGAUGACCAGUGAAGCUGAUUUCCAUACCAAAGAAACUGGCAAUGUCUAUUCGCUUUCCCUUAAUCUUACACAGGGAGUUCAUUAUAGCAUUAAGGUGAAAGCUUUCACCGGAGACAAGGGUGGUGAUGGUGAUGGUGAAUAUUCCAAGGUGCAACCUGUGUAUAUUCCAACUGUAGUUCAAAAACCGACAGCACCAGUAAAGAAACCGCAUUACACAUUUCUGAAUGACACUGCAGUGACACUCGUCUGGGGAAGUCCUACACAUCCUGUGCUGGGUUAUAAAGUGUAUGAGUUGACCACCGAUGGCUCGAUUCUCCUCGUUACGACGAGUCAACAUAAUUACACUGUUUAUUCACUGCUCUCGCAUAGCACAUAUUCAUUUGUAAUAAAACCAUACAAUAAAGCUGGUGAAGGUCCUCCUGCGACUAUAGAAGUAACGACUAAUGGAGGGAACCCUCCAACAGAUGUAAAGGCGACUCCGUACAACGACACAAGCAUUGUUCUGUCUUGGAAUCCACCACGACACAGUCAGGGUGUGAGAUACUACAUUUUCUACGGACGGGUGACCACUGGAGUCAGUUCACGGCCUGUGGGCUCCACAACGACUCAGACUUAUGUAGUGAACAACUUGCAGCAGGAAAUUGUCUACGUGUUUGAGGUGUCAGUGGGCUUGUUUGGAAAGCGCAGUGUAGCAGCAAACUCUCAAACGAAAACUGAUGCUGUCCAUAGUCUUCAAGCUCGCCUUGUCAACUCCAGUAGUGUGGUUCUUACUUGGGAGGUACCAGUGAAUGUGGAUGUUAGUAAAAUUACUGUAAGUACCAGUCCCUUUCACCUUAAACUUCCAGGCAACCCUGUUGAUUAUAAAAAAAUGACUUUCGUGGUCAAAACUGGAUACCAAUUGACGAGGACGUACAGGGAUGAGUCCGGUACUGACACUGCUACUCGAUCCACCAACCAAACUACUUAUGAAUUCAGAUACCUCCCUUUUGAUACCAUCGUCACUUUUGAAGUGAAAGUCAAAUACGGCAACCAACUUGGCACGGGUAUAAGCACCACCAAAAAAACUAACCCAUUCACGGCAUCUGUUAGGCCAUUGAGGAUACGAGUCGUAAACGACGUUGUUGAACUGUUCUGGUCUGCACCAAGAACGAUCAGUAAUAGUGCUCUAAAGCUCUAUCAGGCGAAUUGGACAUGCCCCUCGUGUGUUACGAAGCAUGGUACAAAAACGGCUCCUACAACUUCGUGCGUGUUUAAACAGUUGGAGCACUCCCGAAAAUACACAUUCUCUGUAAAAGCAGUGACUAAAUUUGGCGUUGGGGAAGCCUCGAUUGUUACGGCCACAAUAACCCGAAACUUUGGUGCCGUUGGCAGGUUGAGACAGUCUGUGUCGGGAAACAAUUUAACACUUGAUUGGGAUGUGCCAUCUGACGUGGAAAAGAAAGAUGUUCAGGUCUAUCAAAUCAGCUGGUGUGAAAUCGGAGACUACUCAUAUUGCUGGCAUACCAACUCAACUAAUUCCACGGGUAAUGCAACUCAGUUCAUGACACAGGUGCUCGCUGGCUACACGUACACUUUUUAUGUUCAAGCUUACACAGCCUAUGGAAAAGGGAGAGCGUCCAGCAUUCAAGUCAUAGUGCCACCUCUUAGUCUGGUGGUGUGGAAUGGUCGCGGAACGCGGACGGGCGGCAAUCACGGAUUAGAAGUAUAUCUGACCUGGAGGCCGCCAUGGUCGGUUAGGCCUGGAGACAAAAUACAAUAUGAAGUGGAGUGGCGCUGCUCAUCAGGAUCAGGAAGGGGCUACUGUUAUUGGUUCUACGCUCGGAACAGCAUCGUUGUGAAUACAACCUCCGCAAAGCUGAAUAUGACAUCCUUUGGAGUAACUUACAUGUUCAAAAUCACACCGACCAUCCCUUCACGAGGGAAAGGAAAGCCCUAUUCCUUAGCUGUCACUAUGCCUGAUUUUACUGCAUCCAUUGGAAAUUUUGCUUGUUGGGCUGAAAGCGCGUCAAAUGGUACUCGUCUUGAGUGUCACUGGUCCCGUCCCACGGGCUUCGAUCCAUCUCAAUUCUAUCACUACGACUUCAAAUACAGGUGUGACGAUUGUCUUUAUGGACAUAUCGUAUACAAAUCCAUCAGAUCUAUAAAUCAAACCUCGGUCAGCAUAUAUGUGGAUAAAGGUCAACAAUACACACUUUGGAACAGAGCUCAUGCAUCAUAUGGAUAUGGAACUCAAGCUCAGACAACGGUUCUUAUUGGGUCCACUUUACGACCUGUGAGAAGUUUGAAAGCUGUAAUUGACCCAAAAAAGAAGACCCUUGUGCAUCUGUCAUGGAAUGCCCCAAUCAACACGUCGGUUAAGUUUUACAUCUUAAUUACUGAUUGUCCAGACUGCGUUUCAUUUACAACAAUCAGAACACAGUUGAAAGAGACCAAAUACGCCCAAACCCUCCAGUGUGGAAACAAGUACACGUUUACCGUUAGAGCACAAACCACGGCCGAUGUGCUGACCCAAGAGAGCAACGAUACGCUAGAAAUCGCAUCACCUGUUGGAAAAGUAGAGAACUUUUCAGUCAAGUCUAGUGAUACUCACAGGGAUAAUAGUACUCACAGGGAUAAUAUGGUGGCGGCGAAAUGUUCCGUGAUGAAGUGGGCCCCCCCUAAGGAAAACGAUUCUUCUAGUGCACAGUGGACGGGUUAUCAAAUUGCGGUGCGGACCACAGAUGCGUUAAAGAAUUUCGUAAAGACCACCAAGGUGUCAAAAGAAACUCAGAAUUAUUCUGUGUGUGAUCAUGAAGAUAAUGAAUUGAAAGCUGGAAAGGAAUAUAUUUUCGAAAUCCGUGUCAUCGUGCCCUGUGGCUUUGGUGCAACAGCCAUGUUGCGUGCUCGUCUUGGCGAAGGUGAAGGUUAUAUUCCAGCUACCGCCGCCCCUCCAUCCGCUGGAAAACAAACGGGGGGGGAGAAGAAAGGUAUGAGUCCCGUGAUAUGGGCGGUACCUGUAGCUGUGGUUGGACUGAUCCUCGUCUUGGUCAUGACCUACUUCGUUCGUAAGUCGCGUCGACUGGAGCGCUCAAUGUUCGCUCUUAUGACAAGGAGGACCAUUGAUGACGAGGGUGGAGUCACAUUUCAUUCAGACGAAGACGUACCCUUUAUCCAGGGAUUCUCCGACGACGAACCAUUAGUGACAGCCUAGACCGCCGGUUAGCUGAUCUGGAUUGUUCCCAUUUGUGCAUAGUUUUAUAGAGACCUUAAAUUCGCUGUUCCCACUCCGUAGCUCGAACUUCGUUCUCGGCAACAGCUGCAUUGGUAAUGUUUUCAUUUUUUAGCCCAGGAAGUUUGUCUAAGAGGCGAAGAGAAAAUCGCACUUGCGCAAUACUCCACGUGUGAUCAGUUGUUCGCCAGUGUGAUGUUGGACAUGAUUGGGUUGUUUUUUCAUAACUAGGAUAUCAUCAGUGAAAUGCAACCCGAAAAUGCCUUGCAUUAUAACAAUUCAAAACGUAGUCGAGUGGGAACAUUAAGACAGAAACCUUCGUUAGAUGUACGUGGUAGUGUUGUAAUCUAUUUUGAAACUAUCGUAUUUAGACGUAAAACGGCGCUGCAGCAUACGUAAUCUCAUCUCCACCCACGAGUAGAUGUUCAACCCUUUCACUCCCAAGAUCUCAUUAGUAAUUCUCCUUACUGUCUGCCAUACAGUUCUUGUGAUGUUAGUUUCGAGAAUUUGGUAUUUGAUCAACUACUAAUCCUUAAUUGAUGUUUUUCUUUAUUCUCAUUACUUGUCUUCUUGAUAUCGUAUUGAUCUUGUAUGGAGAAGUUCUUUCUUGGUCACCCAUGGGAGUUAAAGGGCUAAGAUAAAAUGCUCCCUAAACAUUUUUCAAGGAAUUUCAUCGUCGUAACCUAGAGUUUAAAAAACUUGGGGAUGCCGAUUUUCGCGUGCGCCCUAGCGAUAGGGAAGUUUUUAACGACAAGUGAGGCGUAUUUCGGGCGUUGGGUUACAUUCCAUCUACUGGCAAUUCAAGGAUUGCACUUAAUUCGAAGUGUAGUUUGAAUUAUGAUUCGUUCCAUGACAAAGGAGAAAAAACGCUGCCUUAUUUUUAUCUAAGACUACCAUAAUAAAGUAAACCAAGCGACUAAGAUAAAGAAAGAAAACGUGGGUAGAUAACAGUUUUCGCGUUACCCUGUAGAUAAAAGCCAAUGCACAAAAAUGGGACUCAUAGUUUUGAAGAUACCAGAAGAAUAGGUUUCCCCGAAGUGUUUUCAAAAAGCGCUAUCGUUAGUUUCAGUCACCGGGUGAUACGAUAUCACUUGUUUUUGUUUGUUUGUUAUUUUUUUUUUUUUUGACACGCAGUUAUAAUUAGGACGUAUCAAUAAGAGUGAACACUGCUUCUGUGUAGUUUAAUGUAAGUCAGCCGGAAUAUACAGGCUUGGCAGAAAUAGUGAUUAAGUCUCCUCCAAGAGGAAAGAAACUAAAUUUUGGGAUUUUCAGUUGUUACCUAUUGUUAAAAAUGUAAAGAAGAGUAGUUCAAUUUAAGGAAAAAAGUACCACUGCAACUUGAGAGAAAGCUGAGAAUGUAACUCAGAUUGUUGUGGUUUUUAGCAGUUUACGAAGAGAUUGUAAAAAAACCGGGAAAAAGGUAACACGUCAGUCUUUCUUCAGUUGUUACAUUGUAAUUUUUCCAGUGUCAACUAUUUACACACCCUAUGUUAAAGCUACUUUUCUAGUUUUGUUUUUAAGACCGUUACUUAUUUGUUUGCAGUUUUUCAGAAGCGUUAUAAAGACGUAAACGUUUAGAUUUUGUUAUUAAAAAGAGCAUUUUACCAAA